AUGGGCGAGAAAGCCGAGGACUUGAAGGACACCGUCAAGGGAAAGGCCCACGAGAUGAAGGGCUACGGCAAGGCCAAGCUCGACGAGGCCAAGGACAGAGGCACGAGGACGCGUACGACCGCAUGGAGGUUGGGUACGGCAAAAGGCACGAUGGAGCAGGUCAAGGAGAAGGUCGCUGAUACGUACCAGCAAGCCAAGGAAGUCGUUGGCGAAAAGGUGCAGCAGGCCAAGGAGGUCGUCGGCGAGAAGGUGAGUGGGAUUGAGUCGAAGACGAUGAUGGGCGGCAAAGAAGUGAAGGCGAACCCGAACGAGGUGGAGCGAAAGAAGAAAUAC